AUGGUUGAUUUCCAGACCAAGUACACACUGAUAGAUGAGCAAGAUAUCCCACUGGUGGAGGGCUACUCCUUUGAGGCCCGGAUGGAAGUAGAUGCAGAUGGAAAUGGUGCUAAGAUAUUUGCAUAUGCCUUUGACAAAAACCGGGGAAGAGGGUCAGGAAGGCUGCUUCACGAGCUGCUGUGGGAGCGGCACAGGGGAGGCAUUGCUCCUGGGUUUCAGGUGGUACACCUCAAUGCUGUGACUGUAGACAAUCGCCUGGACAACCUGCAGCUGGUGCCGUGGGGCUGGCGGCCCAAAGCCGAAGAGACAUCCAGCAAACAAAGGGAGCAAAGCUUAUACUGGCUGGCGAUUCAGCAGCUUCCCACAGACCCCAUAGAAGAGCAGUUUCCUGUCCUGAACGUGACCCGGUACUAUAACGCCAACGGGGACGUGGUGGAAGAGGAGGAGAAUUCCUGCACCUACUACGAGUGCCAUUACCCUCCCUGCACGAUGAUUGAGAAGCAGCUCCGGGAGUUCAACAUUUGCGGGCGUUGCCAGGUGGCCCGGUACUGCGGCUCCCAGUGCCAGCAGAAGGACUGGCCCGCCCACAAGAAGCACUGUCGAGAGAAGAAGCGCCCCUUCCAGCACGAGCUUGAGCCAGAGCGAUGA